AUGGAGAAAGGCUCGACAGAAUCGCGAGAUCGCCUUCUCGGUGAAACGGAGUACAUGGACGCGAAUUUCAGGAGCUCCGAUGAGUCUAAAACAUCGAUACGCCGGUGGAUACGCAACAAUGCCUUUCUACUUGUGAUAUUUGUGCUCCUGCUAUACAUCGCCAUUGUCCUAACUAUUGACUCCGCGGCGAGACUCGGGACGCAAGAACAAUGCCUCGGAGUGGAUAAGCACUUUAGGUUACCCGGGAAUGCUGUACGGUACGAAGAGAAGCAGGAAUGGUAUACUCUUCGGGAACCUUGGAAUAAGGAGCCAUCAGACGAGCUUGAUGAUCUAUGGGAAGACUUGUUAUAUGCCUUGAAUAUCAGAGUUUCCCCCCAUGAAAUGGAACAACUUGGUUCAAAUCUCACGAAUCGUAUUCAAGUUGACGGUGGGGACUAUCUUGGCGUCAUGGGUGUAUAUCAUCAUCUUCAUUGCCUGAAUAAUCUACGGAGGAUAGUCCAUUGGGAUUAUUAUGAGUCCCGCGUGUCAGAUCUAGGCCCUACGGGUCCUUUUGGAAAGGGGCACUCAGAUCACUGCAUCAACGCAAUCCGUCAAGCCUUGAUGUGCCACGCAAAUACCGAGAUACACACAGGACAAUGGAUUUACGACCCUGAUAGGCCUCAGGCUUCGAAACUGGGAUCGCACUCGAUAACUACAUGCGUGAACUGGGAUAGCUUGAAUAAUUGGGCACGUAGCAGAGCAUUGAGAGCGGGUGAAUACACUUACAGACCUGUACCAAUCGAUGAAACCAUGUCAGAUUAA